AUGACGCAUUUUGGUAUUGUUAAAUCAAAAAAUAUUGCAAGGGCACAUUUUUGGUGGCCAAAUCUUGAUAAGGAUAUAGAAAAUUAUGUUAAGCGGUGCGAAAGUUGCAGAAAGAAUUUAUCUAAUCCCGCUAAGGUUCCGUUGGCAACCUGGUCGUGGCCAGGUGAAGUUUGGGAAAGGUUACAUAUUGAUUAUUUUGGACCUUUCUCCAGGAAGUAUUAUCUGAUCAUAUUAGAUGCGCAUUCGAAAUGGGUCGAAGUUUUUGAAACUUCAACGACAAGUUCGGAAGCGACGAUUAAGAUGCUUAGGAGUUGUUUUGCCAGAUUUGGUUUACCAAAAACGGUAAUAUCAGACAACGCUGCUCAUUUCACAUCUGAACAGUUCGAAUUUUUUUUUUUGAAGAAUAAUAUUAAGCAUGUUUUGAUCCCACCAUAUCAUCCAGAAUCUAAUGGUGCAGCUGAAAAUUGUGUAAAAACAGUUAAAAAAGGUAUCAAAAAGGCUAUGAGCGAAAAAACCUCUGUAGACACCAAUACAGUUCUUUCUAGGUUCCUUUUUGACUAUCGAACUACUGAACAUUGCACUACCGGAGUAAGCCCUGCUCAAAUUAUGUGCGGUAGAAACUUGAGAACAAGAUUCAAUGCUCUGUUGUAUAAACCAUCUAAAGAAUUAGCGAAUAAGGUACAUUGUAAACAGCAAGAUCAAAAGAAAGUUCAUAUAGGAAAAAAUUCUGUCGAUUACCAAGUAAAUGAUUUAGUUUUGGUGAAAGAUUAUCGAGACGUUAAUUAA